CUGCGACUAGCUUGCGCAAACGUCAAACCACAGUUUCCGAGGUGAGCAGAGCAGAGGAAAAAUCUAUCGUGCCGUACAAAAUACAUAUUUAACGGGGAGAUUGCGUGAUUACUGGUUCGUGGAAAUAAUUCUCCUGCAGUACUGAGCGUCGGUUAGUGUUCUGGGAGCAUAAAAGUGUUUGUUGUCGCUUGCGGUAGCUCACACGAUCGGAGGAAGUGCAAAUAUUUCCGAUGAAAAUUAUAACCGAACUCACAGGAAACAAAAUGCUUCGGGCGCCGUUGACCAGGACACUCGCGCUUGGAGCGCGCAGUCCAACGCAUACCGCAGUUCGGACAACCGCAACGACUCCGGCCAAAGUCCCGGAGAAAAUCGAAGUUUUCGUGGACGACCAAUCGGUGAUGGUGGAACCGGGAACCACGGUGCUACAGGCUGCAGCGCAGAUUGGUGUUGAAAUUCCUCGGUUCUGUUAUCACGAACGGUUGGCAGUGGCCGGCAAUUGCCGCAUGUGUUUGGUGGAAGUUGAAAAGUCGCCAAAGCCAGUGGCCGCCUGUGCGAUGCCGGUGAUGAAGGGCUGGCGCAUUAAGACUAAUUCGGAAAUGACCCGAAAGGCUCGCGAGGGUGUGAUGGAGUUCCUGUUGAUGAACCACCCGCUGGAUUGUCCAAUUUGUGACCAGGGUGGCGAGUGCGAUCUCCAGGACCAGGCAAUGGCUUUCGGGUCAGAUCGGUCGCGUUUUACCGACAUCGAUCACAGCGGCAAACGCGCUGUGGAAGAUAAAGACAUUGGACCACUCGUGAAGACGAUUAUGACCCGUUGCAUCCAUUGCACUCGCUGUAUCCGGUUUGCAUCGGAGGUAGCCGGUGUUGAUGAUCUGGGGACGACCGGUCGGGGUAAUGAUAUGCAGAUUGGGACGUAUGUCGAGAAGUUUUUCCUCUCGGAGCUGUCCGGUAAUGUGAUCGAUUUGUGUCCGGUUGGAGCGCUGACCAACAAACCGUAUAGCUUCGUCGCGCGGCCGUGGGAGAUUCGCAAGGUGGAAUCGAUCGACGUUUUGGAUGCCGUCGGCAGUAAUAUUAUUGUGAGCACUCGCACGGGAGAAGUGCUCCGCAUUUUGCCUCGUGAAAAUGAUGAAAUCAAUGAGGAAUGGCUGUCGGAUAAGUCUCGCUUUGCCUGCGAUGGCCUCAAACGUCAACGCUUGAUCGCUCCGAUGCUGCGCAAUCCCAGCGGAGAGCUCGAGGCAGUCGAAUGGGAAUCGGCUUUGAUUACGAUUGCGCAGGCGCUGAGAAGUGCUCCUAAGGGUAAAAUCGCUGCGGUUGCCGGAGGGUUAGCCGAUGCGGAGGCGCUUGUAGCGCUGAAAGAUCUUCUCAACCGGUUGGGAUCGGAGUCGCUCUGCACGGAGCAGAAAUUCCCCACAGAUGGAUCCGGAACAGAUUUCCGUUCCAGCUAUUUGUUGAAUUCGUCGAUUGCCGCCUGCGAAGAAGCAGAUCUUGUGCUGCUUGUGGGAACCAAUCCGAGAUACGAGGCCCCCCUUUUGAACACUCGUCUACGCAAGGGUUAUGUCCAUAAUGAGCAAAAUAUUGCCGUCAUUGGACCGAAGGUUAAUCUGUCCUAUGAGUAUGAGCAUUUGGGCAACGAUGCCUCACUUGUCCGAGAUAUCGCCAGUGGCAGCCAUCCGUUCGCAAAGAAGUUGAAAGCCGCUAAGAAGCCACUCAUAAUUGUGGGCGCUAAUCAGCUGGCCCGAAAGGAUGGCGCCGCCUUCGUGACAUCUCUGCAUGUCUUCGCAAAUUCUCUCCAACCAGCCGAUCCUAACUGGAAGGUUUGGAAUGUACUUCAGACGAAUGCCGCUCAGGCGGCAGCUCUGGACGUCGGAUACACUCCCGGGGUUGAUGCCCUAUUGGCUUCGGCACCGAAAGUUCUGUUCCUGCUGGGAGCGGACGCAGAUGUUAUCAAAAAGGAACAGCUCCCCAAGGAUUGUUUCGUUAUCUACCAGGGCCAUCAUGGAGACGCUGGGGCCCAGCUGGCUCAUGCCAUUCUACCGGGAGCCGCGUAUACCGAGAAACAGGCCACCUAUGUUAAUACCGAGGGCCGGGCCCAGCAGACGCUGGUUGCGGUGACCCCGCCUGGGUUAGCUCGCGAGGACUGGAAGAUCCUGCGUGCCCUGUCCGAGAUUGUAGGUGCUCCGCUUCCGUACGAUACAUUGGAUGAACUCCGCACCCGAAUGGAGGAUAUUGCCCCCCAUCUCGUGCGCUAUGGACGGCUUGAGAAAGCUAAUUUCUUCAAAACAGCCGAAGAGAUGCUUAAGAAUACUUCAACCCAUUUCGAUGGCAGCAAGGUCGAGGUGAGCCAGAAGAAGCUGGAGGACUUCUUUAUGACCGAUCCGAUUACGCGUGCAUCGCCCACGAUGGCCAAGUGUGUUACGGCAGCCAAGAAGCAGGCUGCCCAAGCAGCCAAUUAAGCGUUGUAUCCAUUGAGACAUCAAAAUUGAACUUCCUUCGCAAUUCAGAAUAAAAACAGUUCUAUAUAAAUAACAACUAUGGUGCGAUUGAAACUAUGAUGUCACAAUUAUGUGACUUUUGAGAGGUUUGUUUCUGAAAUGGAUAUUGUAAAUUUAAUGAAAUAUAACACAAAUACGAUACCUAUUUCAUGUAAAGUCAGUUUACAUUUACCACUUUAAAAAAUAUAGAUAAAAUUGAG